AGAUUUUUGAGAAAAUGUGUGAAGCACAGAAUGUGAUUUUUCCGGAAGAAGUGGAAUAUCACGUGAAGAGUCUGCGGAAAUAUCAAAUCUCAGACAUUGGAAAAACCGCGUGGUUUGAGUAUCAUGAGAUUCUCGUGAAGAUUCAUCAGCAAAGCAUCCUGGAAGCGAGUCAAUCUCGCGAGGAAGUCCUCAAGGAUGCUCUGCUGCUUGAGGGGAAGUGCAAGACACUGGUCUACAAUGCUUACGUGAUUCUGGUGUGGCGCCACAAAAUCCUGCCAGAAUUACUGAUCAGAGCGCAUCCUCAGUCAUCCUUUAUCUUCUACACCAUUUUCUUUCACGAGGCGACAACUGUUGGACUCCUGGAGACACUUCUCUUCCAUCCGGAUGCUUGUGAGGCACUCGAGGAGACUUCUCUGGAUCUGAUAGACUACUGCCUGCAGGCCAUCAUCCAGCUAAUCCCGCUCGCGCAAGAGAAUCAUGCAGAUUGUGAGGAAGCAGACGCGUCAAGUGUUGCAGAAGAAGUGGAGAAACACAGAAAAUCCCUCCAGCUCAGCAUUGGCAUUCGCUGUCUCACCAUUCUCAGCUUCCUGGUGGACAAUUUGGAUAGGAUCUGCCUGAGUGCUGUCACCCGUUUACUGGACAUUCACGACACACCGUGCGUUCUCAGUGAAAUCCUCCACUUGCGACCCUGGAUGCGUCGCCAAGGCCACACUUUCCAGCACUUCAUCAACGAUCGCUGGCAGAGCGUCGCCGGCGAAGAGAUUUCACGCGUCACCAAAUCCGAGGCUCACACAUGGUUCUGCCUCAGAGAACUCCUGCUCAAUCCUCGCCUCUUCGCCAGCUAUCACGUGAACAACUUCCGCCAGACGGAAAUUUCGAAGGUUCAGGGACUCCUGAAUGACGUUCUGCUCGAUCAAUUGCCUCCUCUCGCGGAUCUCAAGCACUUUCUAGUCACAUUUUCCGUCGCAAAAAACCCAGAGACUCAGCAGAGAGACAAGAAACUCCUUCUUGAGGAACUCCCACAGAUCCGGGAGACUCUCCUCAGCCAUCUCUCCUCCCACGGUGUGGAGAAUAUCAUUGAUGAUUUCCAGAAAUCCAUCAACAUCACCGAAAUUGCUUCAACACUCAGCAAAGCCUACAAUUUGGACGCCCUGGAGCAACUUCUGCCUCCGGAAAGCCCCUCAUUCACGCCCUCUUGCCAUCAUUGUGGCCUUCCGGCGCCCAAGAAGUGCUCCAAAUGCCUUCGCGUGCACUAUUGCUCGCGCGAUUGUCAAGUGAAGGACUGGCAGACGCACAAGUCGCACUGCCAGCCAUAGGAAAAUCAU